AUGUCCCGCGCAAUGCGGUCGGAAAGUGUUGCCGAGGAGACACCGCUCGAACCAACCGCCGACCAACCGUUCCAACCGUCGGCAAUGGAUCACCGGCACAACCGGUGCCGGAAGCGUCUACUGCACCUUGGGGACAGCCUGUUUUCACUGGUCGUGAUAACGCCGCUGGUCGUCGCACAUUGGCGCGGGACGUGGGGCUGGAUGGAUCUGAACGGGUCACACUUUCCCGGCUGGUUGUGCUUUGUGCUGGGGUUCACCCUGCACACAACGUUCGCACUGCUGCGGGAACCACUGAAUGCCGCCCUUGCCCUUGCCCGGAAUGCACCGAAAAGUCGCUGGAAAACGGUGAAACAGUGGCUGGUCAGUCGGAUGUAUACGUACGCGUUCAGUAUGGCCUGCUUGAUGCAUUGGCGCGGUGGAUGGAAUGUGAUGGAGUUGUACUUUGCGUUCAAUCUUCUGCCGGCCCUGUCCAUAUCCGCGCUCUGUCUCGUCGGGCUCGUGUGGGCCAAAUCGGUCCGAAAUUUAUUAGCGCCACCAUUCAUCAUCCUCACCGAUCGAAAGGAGGCACUGUUUAGCUUUCCGACGCGCUUCAGGAUGAAGUUUUGCAUUAUGCGCGGUAGUUUCCUGCGGCUCGAUCAGCUCACCGGCAGUGCCCGCAAGACAUUCGAGAACGAUGGUCCGAAGGUGCCGGAAAUCGUCAACAACAUCUAUGCAGCGCUUGUGAUCGGUCCGUUAGUGAUAUGCUUCUGGCGUGGCACUUGGAACUUGAUGGACAGGCUGCUCUUCCCGGAGGAUGAAGAGCUGCGCAUGAUCGCUCUGCUGGUGGCCGGCAUGGGCGGACAUCUGUUGUUCAUGCUGCUGCAGACGAACCUUCAACGGUGGCUCGAUGUCGACGAACGGCCGGUAUCGUUCUACCUGCUAUCGCGCGUGUACACGUACGUGUACGGUGCCAUGUGUGUCAGUACUUGGCGCGGUGGUUGGAUAUUGAUCGAUCGGUACGCACCGUCGAGCCUGGUGUUCUUCAUCGAGGCUUCCAUAGUGGCGCUGCUGCUGUUGGGCUCGGUGCAGAGCUUUUGCAACGUUGCCGGGGCACCGUUUGUCAAUGAUUCACCGGACGGUUACUUUGACGUUCCAACGUACUUCAAAUCAAAGUUUUUCGUACUAAGCUGCAACUGGAAGAUUAACUAUCUUUAA